AUGUCCCAUUCAUGCGCACAGGGCGGCCCGUCCGCGUCUUCUACCUUGAGCGCCACCACCACCACACCUACUGCUGAUAUUGUCUGCGAGCUGUCUCCUGUGCAGCCGGACCGUUCACAUGACACAACCACCCGCGUAGAGGAACGACUGCUGCGGUACGGCGCAGUGUACCAGGAGAGGCUGCGGGAGGCACAGAGGCACAAGCGCAUCUCCGAAGAGGCUGCCUUGAAGGCUAUUGUGCGACCGCCGUCACCUGCACUUCAGCGGCGCCUUUUCGUUCCCACACUCUCCCUUCAUGCGUCUGCCGAGGCUGCCCGUCAACAUCGAGCUGAGCGCCGAUCCGUCCUUCUGUCGGAGAAGGCAACGCCACACACGUGCCAGCCAGCCAUCCUGCCCGUCUCACGUGAGAUGGCAGCCGCGGAGCGGAAGCGGAACGGCUGGAUGCGGCUGCCUGUCGGCGAUGUGCUGAUGGAGCGCCACAAGCGCGUGGAGGGGCAUCUCGAAGAAAAGCGCCAGGAGGAGGUAGCGAGAUUUUCUUUCAAGCCUUCGAUCUCUGCCCGUGCACGCAUCAUAAAGUCCAGCCGACCCGUUGUCGAGCGACUCUACAGUGGUGCCAGAGGUACAGGGGCAGGCACCACAGCUUUCGCUGAUGUGACCAACCUGCCCAGCACGAGCAGCGCAAAGCCCAAAACGGCGUCCGCAGCGACAUACCAGCGUCUUUACAAAGACGCGGUGACCCGACGCGCUCAUGACCAAGAACAGGAGAACCUGGCGCAUGUGCGAUCGAAAAACGAGUUCUGCCCCCGCACCGACACCGUCAGCGGCCUCAUCGCGGCACAGCGAGGCGAUACCACUCACGAGCGACUCCUGCGUCCGAAGGCAGCGUUGGAUCGGGCGCGCCACGUAUGCCCGGAGGAGACGUUUGCGCCACACAUCAACACAUCGUCCCGCCUUGAGCGGGCCUCACUGUCCGCCCGCACCGCGAUGUGGCAGCGACGUCGCAACGAGCGGCUGCACCACGCCCUAGUGGAGCGGGCUGAGGCUGAGAUGCGGGGGUGUACUUUUCAUCCUAACACGCUGCAUGGACCUUCGGCAUUGCCGCAGUCUCGUGCGCGCGAACCGACCGGCGGCUGUCCGAGCUCCCCCGCAAGCAUCAUUGGUUCCGCUGAGGAAUUGCUGAGCCGCGUCGACCUCGAGCCGUUUGCGCCGCUGCCGGAGUGCGACCGCUGUGUUCCCCUAUUCUCUGAUGACGGCGCAUUACCGGAGACCGCUCUAGCCGACAUCCUGGCGGUGCUUGAGGAGGCCGAGUACAUCUCUGAGGCACUGCGCCUCCACCCUAAAACACGCUUAGACGUAGACCAAUCGCUGCCCACCUCCCUCUGA